AUGCUCGAUCUAGAACCAGUGCUCAGUGCCGAGUUUCAGGCGCAUUCUGGCCCCUUUCCAACUUCGUUCCCCACGAAUUACCCCAGGUCGAGUCCUUGCCCUUCCGCGUCACGACCAAUGGGAUGUCGUAGUAGCGUCGAAGGGAACCUCGGCAUUGUGAUGGCAUCAACAAGUGUGUUCCCAGUCGCCACUAGUGCGGCAAGCCUUUCCCGGAUGAACCACAAUGGCCAGGGACACCGCAUCCUAUUGUCCGUGCUAUCAAUGACGCCGGAGCUGCGGAUGUUCGAGGACGGCAUGCUCAUCCUUGAGUUGCCCCUCCGCCGCCGCCGCCUACAAUAUGUGCUUGCCCCCAAUCUCAUCCAUAGAAAGGGGGAAAACGGUUACCGCUAUUCUCCAGCACUCUUUCAACUCUCGAGUUGGGGUUCUGACCGUUCGUCCCUCAGAAUGUCGGAUAUCAACCGCCUCCAGACCAACGACCUUGAAAUCGGUGUUACAGAAGCUGUCGUCGGUCACGUCAGUCGCCAGGUCGUGCAGAGGAAACCCGUCUCACAGCGCAUUCUCGACUUCGAACAUGCUCGACCGCGAUGGCUCAGGGAGUGCAUGGCGGAAGCCACAGGGACAUUCUUUUAUGUCUUCCCGGGUAUCGCUAGUAUCGCAUCUUUUACAUUGAACCUAGAGAACCCUCUCGGAGUCACAGCGUUUGGCAGUAUCUUCCAGAUCGGAUGGGCGUUCGCAGUUGGCAUUGCCUUUGCCAUUAUCACUUGCGCAUCAACGAGCGGCGGCCAUUUCAACCCGGCUAUCACGAUUGCUCUUGCGCUCUGGCAAGGCUUCCCGUGGAAAAAGGUGCCAUAUUAUAUCUUCAGCCAGAUAUUCGGCGCUUUCAUAGCUGGGUUGGUUCUUAUGGGAAUGUACUGGCCUGAGAUACAACUCGCAAACGAGCAGUUUCUGGCAGCUGGAAAACCACUGGUUGCUAAUGGAGCACCAGCCUCGAUCCUGUGCUCCUUUCCUAACCCAAAUCAAACAAAUUUAGGAUGGGUCUUCAUGACAGAGUUCUUUGUCGACUCUUUCAUCGGAAUUAUAAUCUGGAGCUGUUUGGAUCCAGCAAAUCCUUUCGUUUCACCAUACGCAGCACCGUUCAUCAUUGGUCUCGCUUACGGGAAUAUGGUGUGGGGAUUCGCCGAUAUCACAAUUAGUACCAACCUCGCAAGAGACCUAGGCACAAGGCUUGUCGCCUUGAUAUUCUAUGGCCGGGAGGCCUUCACCUACAUGGGUUACGCCCCUAUUGCUAUUCUUGUUAAUAUCCCUGCAACCUUGUUCGCUACCGCUUACUGUAAGUACCUCUUCUGUUAG